AUGACUCAACAAGGUGGUUUCAUCCCACCAUCGACUUACCUCCCCUCCCCCGCCCCCUCCAACUAUUCUUCAACCGCAUUUCGUAGUUCCAACGUGCUCCCAACCCAGCGCUCCACGCCCCUAAAAUCUGGUUCAAAACGUGAAUCAGCAUUAAGGAAUUAUCUUGAUGAUGCGUUACUACAAAUAUCACGGAAAUUUACCAAAAAGUUCCCAACUGAUGAAGAAAAAUCCGAAGCUGCUACCGCAAAUAGUAGGAUAUCUACGAUUGGUGGCGAAGCUCUCAUAUUGGGGUAUAGCGAUGUAGAACCUCUUAUCGAGGACUUGGAGAAGUUAAUAGGGUUGGUAUGGGUCAGUGGAACAGCCUCCCUCCAAACACCUUAUUUGUUACAAAUUGCUGGGAGUUUAUUGGAUUAUCUCCCUCCAUUCCCACCACGCCCUGUACCAACAUUCCGUCUCUUCAAUAAACUUGACUUAGCGUUUCAUACGUUGUUAUCAGACUACCGCAUGUCGAUCACAGAAAAGGUACGAUUAAACAGCAUCGUCAAAGUUUCAAGGGCAAUGGUGGUACGAUUAAUGGAAGGGCAUGAUUUUUUUGGUGAAACUGGAGAGAGCGAUAGGAUUAAGGAGGAGCCAGACGAGGACGAGGAGCCAGACGAGGACGAGGAUGAGGAUGAGGAUGAGGAUAAUUUUGGCGAAAACAUGGAAGUUGAUGAGAAAACCGAGGGCGAGGCUUCGAGGUUACAAAGGAACUAUGGUUACCAAACAAAGAAGGAGGUCGAUCGAACAGAACGUAUCCUGGAAGAGGAAAAGGAAGAGGGUGAAUGGGAAAUCGAAGUCGCUAGAGUUUAUAGCAGGGUUUUAGAAGACCUCGGAGAAGAAAUAGGAGGCGACCCAAUAGGGAUAGUUGUCGACAACUAA